CAGACACUUUACUGUCUCUCUCAAAAGAGUUGCUUCAGUUGGUCAUCAGCUUCAGAUUAUGACUGCAACUGGUGUGGCAGUGCAUUGUUAUUGGAACGGGCGAGUGAAAAAGGAAAAGGGCGAUGUUGAUUAUGAAGGUGACAAUGUCAACAUCAUGCCUGUUAAGCUCAACUAUGGAACUACCUAUGCUGAAUUGUUGGAUAAAAUCUAUACAAUCACAGGCAUUGACAGAUGGGGUUUUGAGUUGAACAUCAUAUGCAGAUAUCCUAUAUCUUCACGGGAAUAUAAACAGAUCCCAAUAAAGAAUGAUGAGGCUGUGGAACUGAUGUUGGAGGUCCCAAUCAGAUCAGGGGUGUUCUGUGUAGAAAUAUAUUUGGAGACUAAUGCAGUCAAUAAACCAUUUCAUGUUGAAGCAAAUGCACCAGCAAAUGUGCAAAUAUCUCCUUUGAGUCAUUUGCUAAAAGGAGAGUGUAAUGCGGUCUAUUCAAACGAUUGGGAGACAUCAUCCAAGCAUUCAAAUCAUUCUCCUAAAAAAGACGAUAAUCAGAUGGAGGGACGAAAGUGGGAGGAGUUAAACAGGGACUGUUUGGUGAAUGUGUUUCAAAAAGUGGGAAUGGAGUCAAUGUUGUUGGAUGUUCCCCUUGUAUGCAAGUCAUGGCAUAAAGCGAGCCUCGAUCCUAAGUGCUGGGAGUUUCUCAUUUUUCCUGAAUAUAUCCAGCCUGAUGAUAUAUGGGGGAGGGGCCCCUUUGCAGAAAGGUUUAUGCUGGAAUUUCAAUUCUUUGUCACUGCAUUCAUAAAGUCUGUAAUCGACCGUAGCUGUGGACAUGCCACUGCACUUAGCCUCCCCAUCUGCUGCACCGAAGAGGCAUUCAAGUAUGCUGCUAACAAGUGUCCUAAACUAGAGCUUUUGGGAUUGAAUGCUGUUCUACUUCACAAGCAUUCCAGUAUUAUCCCAAAAUUGAUAUCCAGGUGGAAAAAUCUGCAAUCGUUGGUACUUAGGAGCAGCCAUGGCAUGGAGGAAAUCCUCGCCCCAAUUCGUCUUUUCUGCAGAAACUUCACAAGGCUAUCCGCUCCAAAAACGAAUGUUGGCAACAAGGAAGCAUAAGCCAUUGUCACCUCGCUGCCAAACCUUAGGUAUUUGGUUCUAAAUGGAGCAUCCAUUGAGCGGGAAAGUUUAGUGAUGAUAUUGCAGGGCUGCAAACAGCUUAUCAAGAUAGAUGUGAGGGAAUGUGAUGGUUUUGAUGAGGAUGAUGCUGAGAUAUUGAAGCUUGCUUCUCAUAUUCCUUCAUUCAUGUGCAAAGGUUCGUUCCUUUAUGACCCCUUCGAUGACUAUGAGCAUACCCAAAUUGAUCACAAUUACCGUGUUUAUGGUUAUGGUUGCUGUUAUGAUUAUGAUUGAGACUCGGUGAAUCUACUUCAGUUUUGACUUGUUGAUUAGCCUAUAGCUGCUAUGAGAAGCUCCCUUGUGUGCCUUCACAUAUAUGUAAUGUAAGACUCAAAAUAUGUUAAUAUUGUUUGAGCCUUUUGCAACGUAUGUUUAUAAAUACCUCCUCCAACUAUAGAAUGUAAUUAAAUAUAUAAAUUCUGUUGUGAUUGUGUGCAUUAAA